CACUGAGCAUUAUCGACUUCAUGCACGUAGGCUAAAGUAUAAAAACACCGAGCAGUGUCGACCUCAAUUACAAAUUCAAAUAGGCUAAAUUAGCUAGGUACUUGACCAAAGCGCAACAGGGUGAAGAGCGAAGUAUCUCAAACUAACGUUACCUAGCUAGUUUAGCUAAAUGAAUUGUUCUGUCAUUUUCGCCGGUCAAUAAGCAUUAAAGUACGAACUUUGGUCCUUGUUGGAAUUGCUGGGAAGAAUCUCUUGUCAGUGGUUAGCUAACUAGUUGUCUUUAGUUUCGAGGUCAUCCUCACCAGUGUGUAUCGAGUUAGCUAACGUUACAGCACGCUUUGUAGAGGCUUGACUAGGUAGCUAACUACACAACUCGUUAAUAAUUUAGCUAACGUUAGUUGAAAGUCGUCUCCAGUUGGAGAAGAGCAGACAUGAAGCAUCUUCCGUAUUUCUGCAAGGGGGAAGUCGUUCGAGGAUUCGGGCGAGGAAGCAAAGAACUAGGGAUUCUCACAGCCAACUUCACAGAUUCUGUGGUGGAGCUCCUGCCUGGCGACAUCAGCACAGGGAUCUACUAUGGCUGGGCGUGCGUGGGCAGCGGAGACGUCCACAAGAUGGUGAUGAGCAUCGGCUGGAACCCCUACUACAACAACGCCAAGAAAUCCAUGGAGACUCAUGUGAUCCACACGUUUAAAGAAGAUUUCUAUGGACAGAUCCUCAGUGUAGUCCUGGUGGGAUACAUCCGUCCAGAGAGGAGCUAUGAUUCACUUGAUGCCCUUAUAGCAGCGAUCAACAAUGACAUUGAGGAGGCCAAAAGAAAGCUGGACCUCCCAGAACACCUCAAACUCAAAAAGGACAACUUCUUCAGAGCCUCUGCCAGCUCGUCCAUGACGUCGUCCAACAAGAUCGUGAAUGGCCAUGACCUCUAAUCACGCAAGACGUUCACUCUCGCAUUACUCAUCACUCGGUAAAGUCGGUGUCACAAGUAUCCAUCCAAAUGUAAUUUUUCACUAGGCCUAGUGACCUGGCCGGCAGAGGCCUUGCUUGUAUUUUAGUGUGUCGCAAACAUGAACCACUGAAGUUAAGGAGUGCCAUGAUUACUUCAUCAAAAAGAGCCAAGUUAUUCUUUAUUUAUUGUUUCUUCCCAACACUGCUUUGGGUGUUUUCCAUUGCAGUUGAAUGACUGGGUGGUUGACAACUAAUGGGCUCUCCUGUCUGUUAUGCUCUGCUCCCUCUCUCCCUCUCUCUCUGUGAACAUUACCAAAGGCCAAUAUGUUACUUUUUCUAUCCUCUGUAGAUUUGUUGUGAGGAUACAAUCUGGCUAUCAUUGUAGCCGACCUGACCUGAAGCUACAUUAGACUAUGGUCAUGUUCAUUAGGGCACACAACCAAAUACACUUCACAAUUGGACAAGUUUGGUGCCUAAUGACAUGAUCCUGGUAAUGUGCAACUCCAGGAACUGAAUGUGUGUUGAGAGGAGCCCUGUGCCACCAAACCCACUGCUAAAGGUGGCAGGUAGCCUAGUGGUUAGAGCGUUGGUCAAGUAACUGAAAGGUUGCUGGUUCAAAUAACUGAGCAGCUGAGGUGAAAAAUCUGUCGGUGCCCUUCAGCAAGGCACUUAACCCUCACUUGCUCCAGGGACGCUGUACUAAUAUGGCUGUCCCUGUAAAACACUGUUCCCUGCACCUGUCCAGCGUAUGUGACAAUGUCCUUUUGAAAUGAGUGGUCAUUUUGUAUUGUUUAGAAUUGGGGUUCAGUCUCAUGGCUUUGCACUUAGUUUUUCCUCCUUUUCAUAUCCGGGUGUAUUCAAAAUGUCUGCCUUGAAGCAGAGAAGUCCUCAAUAUCUUGCAUUUGAUCUAGGCUAAAUAGUUGUAUUAUACACUGAAUUCAUCCUCAUUUUAUUUGCGAAACUGAUGUUCUUAUUUAACCUACACAAACUGCAUGGUUGGCUAAAGACAUGCAGUUUCAGAUUUUCUUAAUUUGUAUAAUUCCUCAUUGGUCAAAUCCAGCAUUCUCCCACCCCAGCAAUGAGGGCCAUUUUAUUUAACAGUGAAGAUUUGUCUGAAAAAUGUUAAAUGGCGCCACUUAACUGAAUGUUUUCAGAAUAUUGUUUUUACUGAGUUAACCUUGUUUGGACCCUCAUUCUACUGAGAUAAGCACUGAUAUGGUACAAGAGAAGGCUGAAGCCUUGUUCACACUGCAGGCCUUGGUGCUCAAAUCACUUUUGUUUUGGAGUACGGACUGUCCAAACAGCAAGUUACAAGUGACCAAAUCAGAUUUGUGUGUUCAGACCGCAGUCAUUUGCUGACAUGACUACGCUAGUUGUUACUAUGACAACGGGUUUGUGAGCAGUGGUGUAGGCUGAUUUGUUGGUGGUGCUCAUGCUUCCGAUCACUCAGAAGUUAUGUAGCAAGCUAAGGUGACACCAAUGCCUGCCAUGGACAUUUCCCAUUUGCUUUGAAUGUUCAAAAUCCUAGUGCAUGAACACUUUUUUAAAAGCUCAAAGGAUAAGACGAUCCAACUUUCAUAGUAAGUCCUUUUUUGGCUAGCCACGGCAGACAACUAGCUAGGUAGCUCUUUAGCUUUCUUGCACAUUUACUAAUUUGUUUGUAAACCAUUAAGCUAGUUAGCUACAUGUUCUUUUCAACCGCCAACCGAGUAGUUGGCAAACAACGACAUGCCAAAUAAGUGUUAAAACAAAUAAACACGAGGGCAAGUACAUCAGAUUUGUAGCUGAUUUCAAACCACCUAUGAAGGUGGUUUGAAAUGUGGCUUCAAAUAUCUGAUUCCAUGUGCUUUUUGGCUGUUCAGACUGCAAGGGGGGGAAAAAUUAUCAAAUCGGAUAUGCAAAAAAUACAAUUGAUUUGAGUCACUUCAAACUGCCAAUAUGAUGAACAAUGCUUAAGUCCAAGGCUCUGAUUCUCUGCAGAUGGAUGUGGUGGGCAUGUGUGCGUUUUUCUUCGUCCCCUGAUGAAAUGAGUGUCGAGCAUGCGUAUGUAGUGCUUUUCUAAUAAGUUGUUCAAAAUGAAUUGUGAGCUAAUGUGAUUUGAAUGUAUUUGAGAAGCUACUUUUGACAGAGGAAACAAUAUGGCUGGUGUUAUUAAUAUAUGUUUACGUAGACCAAAUCUGUGAAUAUGUUCCCCCUCUUCAGAUUUUGAGCUUUGUUCCUUAAAAAGAUGCGUAUUGACCUUUUCUAUUGCAGGAUACCUUACAGUCCCCUCCACCCAUACCCAGAAAAUGUACUGGGGUAAGCAAUUGAUAUGCAUAAGUAAAUGGUGUACAAUAUUCAACAAUGAUGUAUUGAAAGCUGUGGGAUGGGGAUCGGUCUCUACCAUUUAAAAAGGCCAGGGGGAAAGUUUUCUCUUGGUUAAUUUAUGGUUACUGUUUGGUUAGAACAUGGACUCGGCGCCAGUUGUUGAGGGAUUUUUGUGUUCCCCAGACUUAUAUGCCUGAGUGGUUAGCAGUACUAUACCUUAGUACCACAGAAGGACAUAGACCUACAUAUGGUUUUUCAAACUUAUACACAGCAGAAUCUGUGUUAAUGUAAACCCAGUGUGCUCAUUGUCUGUCUUAUCUGACUUUCCCUGUCAUUAGCCUGUGCAGGGUUUCUUAAACUCGGUCCUGGGGCCCCCCCAGGUACACUUAUCAUGCAAUGCUAGCUAUCGCCUUAGUAGUGUAGUCAUGGGUGUCUCCUGGGAGGGGUAAGAAUGUGCUGAAGCCCCCUCGAGAGCCUAGCACCCCCAAUAAAUAUUGUAUUAUUACAGGCAACACUACACAAUGACCGUGAAACAUUCUUUGGUGCCACCACUGACUAGUUAAACCUACAAUAUACAGUAAGAGAACAUGACUCAACAAGGGCCAUUCUAAUGUUCCUCUGUGUCCCCCCAACUCCAGUGUUGAGUUGUUUUAAUGGUAUUACUCUGAAUGCCAGGGUUGUGUUCAUCAGGUCAGUAGCUGGUUUAUUCAUGUUUUUGGUUUAUGUGGCUCAUCUGGUCAGACCCCUAUUGAAAUGUUUCCCCAUGAUUUCACGUUUUGGUAGGACUACAGCUGUGUCUGGGUGUGUUUUGUCCUCUAUGUACAUAACGGUCAGAUGUUCUAUAAAUCAGUGCAGCUAGAAGUGCUCAUUAAACUGUCAAAACAACAUGGCUUAUAUUUGAUCAAGUACUAUGCACUAGUGUUGGAUUAGGCAACUGUACUCGGAGGCAUCUGGUAGUAAUAGUAGUAGGCUUGCUCUCCAGUUUGGCACCACAACCCUGAGCCAACAUGAUCUCAUAUUAAACAAGGGAAACGUCUAGCUCAGUCGAGACCGCGCUUAGUAGAAUCAGACCAAUGUCAUUAACCAGGGUCAUCUGGUUCUUCUCCCACUGUUCUUUCACUUGUCUUCUGCCUUUUUAAACAAAGUGUGGGAUGGCAGAAUGGCCUGUUCCCAAAAUGUGCUUCAGCUGGAUAAGCCACAUCCUUAUCAAGAAUUUACCCUACCUCCAAUACAAAAUGUUAUUUUCUAGUCCUUUCAGCUGUGAAUGCAUACAUUUCACUAUUAUUUUGUAUGUGAGAGAACAUGCAAUUCUGUAAUUAUUGAAGCAUCAUGUCAUAGCUUUGGAUUUGGGGGGGGGGGGAGAAAGCAUGUAACUUUGUUUUUUUCAGUUAACCAUGGGUCUGUGUUCAGGGACCAGUCGUAUGUGUUGGGCUCGUUCAAAAUCCUGCUACUGUAUGAUCCUGCCUGACGUUGUAUUCUUAUUAAACAUGUUCAUAGAUG